AUGGGUAUCAGCCAAUUCUCCAUAGUGGGUAUCAGCCACACGUUCAUAAGACGAGAAAAAGGAAGAGAACCGGUUGGUCCUCUGGUUGUCCGCUGUGUUGCUCGGCCCAAGUCCACGUACUUCAGCACUGGACUGCCCUUCUUCGGAACGUCUGUCAACUCGGCAAAGGUGCCCCCCGAGUCGGGACGAGUCCGCAUGGGUGCCCAUAUCCGUCAGCCUUCACUAAACAACAGCGCAAAUACAGGUGCUUCCAGAAACGCUCGAGGAAACAUCGGUGGCUUAGGGCAAGAACCGGCGGUGCCACCCUUUGUUGCGUUCAGCGCGGCUUGCCUGGCCUCGGGUGUCCUCUUCGUGGUCGCCUUCGUGCUUCAAGGAAAGGCCACACUCGAGACGACAACAUUAAAUAUCACCGAUUGGCCGACGCAACUUCAAUCUUCCCACGCCGACGACGAAAACACUGGGGAGACAACGCCCUUGGAAAUAAAGGUACCGUUCGAAGAUAUCGAAUGUGACAACGAUGACUGCACCGCUCUGUCUACAUGGCUGAGCCAAUGGAUUCGAAGAGACGCCGACCCGUGCGACGAUUUCUACGAAUACGUGUGCGGCAACAUGCUGGGACCUCCGUUGCUCAGUCAUGUGGCAAACGCGAUACUCUCGGAACUGGAAGUUCAGAUGAAAUUCCGCAGACGGAACCGGACACAUGGUGUGCGCUAUGCGGACAUCUACGACUCCCUUCCCUAUCUCAUGGUCUUCCUCUCCACGAAUUACGACAUUCACUCCUUCGUCGCCCUCAAGGAGCGUAGACCGUACCACGUGCCUGCUGACAAGCCUAAUGACUUUGUGGUGGAGAUAGCACUUGAUAAAAGGACCACUGUAUACUUGUUGGACUGGAACCCUUUCGAAGAUCCUGAGUACGGCGCCACUUAUUUUUCUGACAUACUCAAGGAGUACACGCAUCUUGAAGAACAUACGGUAGCCACUGUGGCCAGCGAGCUCCAGACAGCGAUGGGCGAAGCUCAUCGAUUCAUCUUGCCACUGAACUCUCGCUCCGCCGAACCAGGCAGGAGACGUUUGAUGACGCUAUCAGAAAUUUUCCAACGAAACAAUGGAUGCAUGUUAAAAGAAAAGUGGGAAUUUGCUCUUUGGGACCGCCUCGAUUUGAAAGGAGAGAAGCAAGACUAUCUCUACCUUGUUGACCUCCACGCCUUGGAUGUCAUUUGUUAUCUCCAAAGUGAUACCUCGAACCCAGGAAGAGCGAUGAAACUAUUCGCCUGGUUUGCCCUCUUAUAUCUGGUCUUCCCGUCUCGCUAUGCCGAUAUAUGGCGAAUAGGGAAAUUCACACCAAUAUCCACGCCUUCCAUCCCAGAGGAGAUCUGCGCACGUGCUGCUCUCAGUGGACGCUUGGGCGUAGCAGCGAGAAUGAUGCUGUACCAAUCGAGAGUGUCAUCAGAAUCCUUGGCUGCAGCGGAUCAGAUCCGACAGAGUGUUGUCUCCACGCUCGCGUCUCACCUCGCCAGCGGUUCCUCGAUUGUCAAGAGUGAUGAGGAAGCUCUUAGCGCUAUCAUCGUGACCAUGGGCUUUCCGGAUGAAACGGUCAAGUACAUUAACGAAUAUUUGCGUCAAUUCAAGUUCAACUUCGAUGCCAAUGGAUACCUGGCGUCUUUGGCAGCCGCGCGGACUGUGAAGUGGUGGCAAUUACAGUGGCUCGAUUAUGAUGCGGCAGCACGGAUGACCGAAUCGGGAGCGACAAACGCCCUGUACCAGGGCCCUCGACGUCACAUCUACCUCCCUCCCGGCCUGCUCUCUUCGCCAUUGCUUUACGCCAAAGGAUCGCCAGCCUACAAUUACGGAAUCUUUGGAAAUAUACUAGCUACGGAGCUACUGGGUCUCCUGUAUAUCUACAACAACGGGACUAUGAAGAGCGCCACGGAUCCAUACAGCAUGAUGUGGAACCAACAAGCCAGGCAUCACUUCGAGUCAAUAACUCGCUGCCUUCUUCAUCAGGAAAAAGAGCAUGCACCUUUCAGUCGGCAUUUGUGGACACGAGAGGCCCCGAAGGUCUCCCUGAUAAACCACAUCGCCACGUGGCUGUCGUACAAGGCCUAUCAAAGCAGCGCUGCAUCGACGAAGCACAGGUGGACACCCGCGUAUCUGCAAUUGACUUCGGAGCAACUUUUCUUUGUGUCUCACUGUGUGCCUUGGUGUUCGGACAAAAAGGAAGACCUCGCGGCGCGCCAGCGGUGCGUACAGCCUCUGCUGAACAUGCCAGAGUUUGCCGAGGCCUUCAGAUGCGGUUCCAACGACAGGAUGUUCAGCAGCUCUAGGUGUCCGUUUCUCUAGCGGCUCUCUUGACAAGCUGCGCCAAUGGCGAUCACUGGUGAAUCGCACUUCCAAUUUAUACUAGAGGCACCAUCGCCAUUGGCCUUAUAGAGGCACUGCGGCAGAGACUUCGGGUCGUUUCGAAGAGGUAAAUAUAUUUCAGAGCUGGUAUGAUCUAGAAUUUUUGCACUACGUUAUCAUAUUACCUUACAAAAUUAUGUUGCCUUUGCGCCAGCUGGAAAACAGCUAUGCUAAUGCUACGCAGUUGUUCUAGCGUGUCUUGGAACAUUUGUUUACUCUUACAAACAGUCAUUCCUGUUCAUUUCACCAACACGGUAGUAGUAAAUACAUCAUAUUUAUUUCCCCAAUGAACAUAUUUAGAACUAUCGCACCCAAUAAAACUUGUUUCCCAACAAGAUAAGCAUUAGCCUUUUCUUAGCCUUAUGCUACAAAAAUGUAUUUGUUCUCGCACCAAUGAUUACAAUACGAAUGAUUAUUGCACGGAGCCAACAAUAUACCUCUAGCUGACCACGAGUGCCCUGUCACUAUUCAAAAUUUUUUUUCAUCAGUAUUUACGACGGAGGAUCAGUCCACUGUACCCGAUCCCGACUACCCUUACAUGGAACCUAUUACCAUCACCGUCGAAGGUAUUUCGAGUCUAAUUACGAACCUUAAAUUAUCUACAUCUGCCGGUAUUGAUAACAUUAGCUCCAAAAUACUAAAAAACACUGUCUCCGUUUCCAGCCAAAUGUUAUUUCACAUAUUCCGACAAUCAUUAUCAUCCGGACGCCUCCCUUCUGAUUGGAAAAUUGCUAAGGUAGUGUCUGAAUUUAAGGCGGGAGAUAGAAAUUCGCCUGCUAAGUACCGUCCUAUCUCCUUAACUUGCAUUUCUUGUACAUUACUUGAACAUAUCAUCGCUUCUCAUGUCUACAGCCACCUUGAGUCCAUUAAUUGUUUUUCACUAACCAACAUGGCUGCAGGAAAGGGUUUUCAUGCGAUUCACAGUUAUUUGAACUUACAGCCGACCUACAUUAUAGCAUGAAUAACAACAAACAAUCCGAUUGCAUUUUUCUUGAUCACCCAAAAGCCUUUGAUCAUAACGCUCAUUGCGGUCUGAUCUCGAAAUUAUUUUCACUCCGGCUAGAUUCGUCAACUAUUUCUUGGCUACGGAAUUUUUUGUCUCUUCUCCAGCAGUUCACAAUUGUGAACAGUUCGUAUUCACUCCCUUGCUAUGUCAGUUCCGGUGUUCCACAAGGCAGCGUUUUAGGAGCCUUACUAUUUCUAAUAUACAUCAACGACCUGCCUACUCACAUAUCUUCUUCCAUCCGUCUUUUUGCUGACGAUUGCAGAAUAUACCGUACCAUUAAUUCAAUCGACGACCACAUCGCACUUCAAUAUGACCUCAAAAAUGUUUCUGAUUGGUGUAGUACUUGGCAAAUGCAUCUUAACGAAUCUAAGUAUAGCGUUAUCACUUUUAGCCGUAAGCAUGUCAAUUCUAAUUUGACCUACUUCCUUAACUAAUCUCAGGUCUCGGAAUCAUCUUGAUAUAAAGAUCUCUUAGUUCACCUUGUUUCUAAGCUCACGAACUUUGGGGUAUUUACGAAGAAACUUAAAACACGCCCCAACCAGCAUCCGGAAGCUUGCAUAUGCAACAUUUGUCCGGCCUCAACUAGAAUUUGCAAGCCCUGUGCGGUCGCCUCAUCAAAUAGAUCUAAUCAGUAUGCUAGAAGCCCUACAGGACAGAGCAGCACGUUUUAUUUCUUGCGAUUAUAACUAUUCUCAUAGCGUAACUGAGAUUAAAUAAAACAAUUACAUUUUCAUUUGAAACUCGCCAUUGCAUCGCACUUCUCUGUUUGUUCCACAAAUACGUUCAUGGAAAUAGGCUGUCUCCGCUACCCCUCGAAAGGCCUUUGCGCAUGUCAAAACGCCUCCAUAACAAUUUAAGUCACGCGCACAUCUGCGGUCACAUUAACGUUCAGCAGCUCUGCGCUUCCCCGUGCCAUUUCUCUGUGAAACGAUUUGUCCGAUACUAUCGCUUCCUCAACACACCAUGAUUCCUUCCGUAACCAAGUCAGCCGUCAUAUUCCCGGAAUACCCUUUUAAUCUCUUCAACGACUUAUUGUUUUCAUUGUUAGUUCUCAGUUGCAUUCUGGUUUGCAAUGCGCAUCAGUUACAUUUUGAAAGUAUGCUCUUGAAGUAUGCUUGAAGUAUGAAAGUAUGAAAGUAUGUAUCUCUUGUGUUUGAAUGCUUUGUAUUAGGAAUGUAUAAGUGCCCCUUGCAACAUAUGU